AUGUCUCUGUCAAAAAAGAGAAAAGUGGACACACAGGUUUCAGUGCUGAAAGAAUAUAACCUUCGACGCCACUAUGAGACUCUUCAUGCCGAAAAAUACAAAAACUUGCAAGGACAGCAGAGACUAGAGAAGGUAAAUGAACUUUUAACGGCUCUGAAGAAGCAGCAGUCUGUGUUUUCUCGUAGCCGAGAAAUAAGUGAUGCUGCAGUGAAAGCCAGCUACCUUAUUGCUAAUGAAAUUGCACUGGCUUCAAAACCAUUUAGUGAGGAUGAAUUUGUGAAGACAUGCAUGCUGAAGGCUGCACAGACUGUGUGCCCUGAUAAGCGUCAGGCUUUUGAAAAUAUCAGCCUGACAAGAAACACAGUUGCAGACAGGAUUUCUGAUCUUGCGGAGGAUUUGGACAGCCAAUUGAAGCGCAAAGUAAAGUCAUUUAUUGUGUUUUCAGUUGCAAUCGAUGAAAGCAAGGACAUUACAGAUGUUGCGCAACUGGCGAUAUUCAUCCGCGGAGUUGAUGACACUUUGACCAUCACCGAGGAGUUCGUGGAGUUGGUGCCAAUGACGGACACCACAACAGCAGCUGAUAUUUUCACCGCCCUCGUCGGAGCGCUGGACAGGGCUGGAGUGGACUGGUCUCGCACUGUCAGCCUGGCUACAGAUGGUGCACCUUCAAUGACCGGGAGAAAAGUAGGUGUUGGGACAAAAUUCAGAGAGAAGGUGCAGGCUGCAAAUGGAGGACAUGAUUUUUGGACUUUUCAUUGUAUUUUGCAUCAGGAGGCAUUGUGUUGCAAGUCAUUGAAGAUGAAUAAUGUCAUGGAGUUGGUCGUCCGAACUGUAAAUUUCAUCCGAUCCAGAGGCCUGAAUCAUCGUCACUUUGACAGCCUUCUCAGAGAGAAAGACCACAACUAUGGCCUGCCAUACCACACCGAGGACCUUGCAUUUAUGGUGGAUGUUACAGAACACCUGAAUAACUUGAACAAAAUGCUGCAAGGGUGCACCAAAGUUGUCACGCAGUACUAUGACAGCAUAUGUGAGUUCAAAUUGAAGCUGUCAUUGUGGGAGACACAACUCGCGGGUGGUGAUGCUGCUCACUUUCCUUGUCUGAAAGAUGUGUGCGCGACCCAACAUGCCGCAGACAUGAGGCGGUUUAAAGAUAAAAUAACAGGACUAUUGCGGGAUUUUGAGCAACGCUUCCAGAUUUUUGGUGAACUGGAGAAAGACUUCAAAUUUUUUUGCUCGCCAUUCAGCGUGAAUGCCUCUGAUCUGCCCGUCAACAUCCAACUAGAAAUAAUAGACUUGCAGUGUGACUCAGAUUUGAAGGGCAAGUUUGCGGCAGCUGGCUUGGACACGUUUUACCAGCAUCUCUUGCCAGGUUACCCCAGCUUGACAGCCCUUGUUGCAAAAGUGUUGUGCAUGUUUGGAAUCACAUAUCUUUGUAAGCAAGUAUUCUCUGUAAUGAACAUCAACAAAACAAAGCUGCGCUCAAGGCUCACGCACAAGCACUUGAAUGACAUCCUGAAACUGGCUGCCACUCAGGAUGUGAUGCCUAAUAUUGAUGCACUUGUGAAAGCUAAAAGAUGCCAGGUUUCAGGAGUAAAAUAA